AGUUUGGGAAAAAAAAAAAAAACUCUUUUCUCAUAUGAUAUCCGUUAUAGUAGCGAAAAUUUGAAGGCGGGAGAGGCAAAAGAAAUGUCAUCCGAAAACCAAAACCCUAGAAAAUGGCGGUACACUUGGGAAGCUCAAUCUCACCUUCCUCUUCUCAAACUCUUCAUUUUCUCCCCAGAAAUUAAUCCAAUCACUCACUGCAAUCAUCUCAAUGUCGAUUUAAUCUUCGAAAAAUCACUCAUCACUUUUACUUGGAAGCUUCAUGAUUCCUCAAAUUCAAUCUCUCUCCUAAUUCCGCUACCUAGGGUUUUGGUCGACCUUGAUUCUCCGCUUAAUUUCAGACCUUUUGAAGAUCACAUUCAAGUUCAGAUUCCUCUACUUCUUCCUGUUGAUCAUCCUAUUGUUUCAUCUUUCAUUUCUGAACUUAAUUCUAGUGAUCAAUUUAGCGCUUGUAAUUCAUCUCAAAGCUUCCUCCAGCCGCUUUCAAUCGAUUCCGAUUUCAAGGCGUUGUCUUCUAAAGGAGAUGUUCACUUCUACUGCAGAAACUGUGAUUAUAAGCUUACUAAGCGCUCUAUUAGGUGUCUAGUGGACUUGCCUUCUGUUAACUGGACUGAUGUAGCUGACAAUUGGUUUGGUACUUGUUGUUGCUCUUUUGGAGGGAUAAGUGAGAAGCUCGUGGCAAAAUAUGUCAAAUCCUAUCGGUGUGCAGAGGGUACAUGCCUGUUAACUACUGCAUCUGUCAUUCUUUGCAAGGAUGACAUUGCAGGGUUCAAGUCUCGGGAGGUAGAUUUGAAUAAUAGUGGCGAUAACGAGGGCUCCAUUGACAUCCCUUGUAAACCUGAUAAUGAUUCUUCCCCAAAACAUGGCUCAGAAAAUAUCCCGACAGAGAAAAAUUCUAUGAGCAGAGAAUCCGUAGAACCUGAUGAUGACCAGAGAAAGAGUCCAUCUUGUCCUCUUCCAAGGGUUGAUUCUGCUACAGAUGAUGAAAUUGCACAUAGCUGUUGUGAACAUGAUGCUUUAGGAUCGGGUCAAAUUAUUAACGAACCUGUUGCUCUUCAAGCUGACCAAAAGUCGUUCCUUAAUUGUUAUCUUGGAAAUGCUUUUUUAUUCAGAUCAGAUGGUCUUUCAAAAGAUAUUGAAUGGAUUGAUUUUGCAUGUCCUCAGUGCUCCUUCACAUUAGGUGCAUACCCAUGCAGUGAUGGUUCUGAACCAUUAGAUGGUGGUAUUCGGCUGCUUAAAUGUUACAUCUCGAUUUCACCUCCCUCAAAGUCAUCGGAUGACUUGUUCAGUAAAUACACAUUGGAGAGAAUGUUUACUUGUCAACUCCUGGAGAGUGCUAAAGAUGAACUGUCCUUCCGCUCUGUGGUUAAGGAUCUGAAGACAAAGUCUUCUCUGGUGCAUAUAGUUCUGCUUAAUCCCAACUCAUGGUGCUGUAGUGGUUAUUGCUCAGAAGAUACUGUGGAACCCUUUGUAAAGAUCAAUCUGCACCCCGUUGUUAAGGUGCUUUUUUCUCAAUGCUAUGACAAGCCCGACUCUAUACUCAGUAUUAACCAAGAAUGGGAAACAAAAAACCGAGCUGAGGAGAUCUAUAUGUUGACAUAUGUAAUUAGGGAGCUCGUAAAGUCGGUUGAGGAUGCAACAUCCUUAUUUCCACCAUCAUUUAGCUCCUCGCCAGGAUUUCUAUUGUCCUCCAUUCCAAGAUAAUCGUCCAGAUACAGCGUUGAGUUUGUUAUCCUCCCAAACGAUCUUCAUAUUUAGAUACAGAGAUAAGACUUCGUUGCAUAUCAGAGUUUUGGCAUUUUGACAGUAUGUAGUAGCAAUGUAACAUGUAGUGGUGUCCAGAGUAGCAGAUUAGUAGGCAUUUCAGCCUUUUUUGGUCAUGCAGUAGCCUAGUAGGAAACAUAUAUAGUGGUGUUUUGCGGAGUUAGCCACGUUAGUAUGGUAUCUAGUAUGGUCAUUUGAGUAAAUACCAUAUUUUGAGUGAAUGGUAAUUAUCAUGGCCACUGGCGUUUAUAGCACGGCAUGCAUGUAUUAUGUAUAAAGAUAGAUGAAUUAUCAAGUCUUCCGACAAUCCGACUUUCCAGUA